AUGAAGGGCGAAUUGGAAGGAAAAGUGGAGGAUUUGUUGGCGGAGCUAAAGAGUUAUAUGGAAAUAACGGAUGAGAAAUCGCCAAAAAUAGAUAAAAUAUGUGGUGAAAUUAAGAAUGAAACCGGGAAAGAUAUAAAUCAAUUGAAAAGAAUAUGCAAAAGCUUAGUGAAAGUAAUAUACUUUAUGGAAGGAUGGGACAGAAGUAAAAAUGUAUGGAGGGGAGAACAAGAGAAGGAGAAAGAAGAGUGGAAGCGUUAUCUGAAGUGCGUAAUAGGUCAUACGGUUAUAUUAGAAAUGGUUGAGGAUAAAUGUGGUAUAAAGCAGGUCUUAAGCAUUCUAUCGCAGACUAUGCAAGGAACUGCGACAAAUUUUCCACAAGGGAAAGAGAAUAAGAUGGAUUGUGACUGGGUUCAACAAUCUGAUAUAACAGAUACAAGACAAAUAAUGGGGAAACAAAUAAAAGAAUGGCUGAAGAGCGCAAAAAGUAAUAAGGGAGGUGUCCCAGGAUUGGGACCAAUAAUGGAAUGGAUGAAGUGUAAAGGAGAUCAGGAGGCACAGGAAGACUCGAAACAAAGUGGAACUUGCUCUAAUGCAAGAAUUAUAGACCUAUUGAAAUUAGGAAGAUCAAAGGAAUUACGGAAAUUAGUCAAUACGGACCAGCCUGCACCAGCACCACCAAGUAACCCAAGUGCAGCACAACCAGGUAAGGAAGACAUUAUUGAUACGGGGGAUGGUACAGGUCCAACAGUUAACCAGGAUCCAGAACCUGCUCAACCUGGCCAGGGUAUUGCGACAGGUGCAGGUCCUACAGGUAUAACAACUGAUCAAACUCAAAAUCCAGGUUCUUCUGGUUCCGGUUCUACUGGAACUUGGAAUCCAGGUUCUUCUGGUUCCGAUUCUUCAGGAAUUGCAGCUACUGAUAAUCAAAACACGGGUAGUCCAAGACCAGGUUCAGGAUACAACGGUAGACAUAUCUACGCCUGCUACAGCAUCAAUACAAACAUCAACAACAUCAUCACAAGCUCGAAGCGUUUCAAAAGAAAAACUAGGUAG